CAAACUCUCUCCAUCCUAAACCUAAGCACACAGUACGAACUAGCCACUACACUACACUCUCUCCUGAGCCAUGGCAUCCAAGUCCCAAGCCUCAGCCGCCCUCUUCCUCGCCCUCAACCUCCUCCUCUUCACUCUCGCCGCGGCCUGCGGCUGCGGUCCGACCCCGAAACCACCAAGCCCAACGCCGAUCCCGCCGACCCCAUACACACCAACCCCGCCGACCCCGUACACACCACCGAUCGUCAAGUGCCCGAUCGACACGCUGAAGCUCGGCGCCUGCGCCAACCUGCUCAACGGCUUAAUCAACUUCGAGCUCGGCAAGCCGCCUAAGAAGCCGUGCUGCAGCCUUCUCGGAGGCCUCGCCGACGCCGAGGUCGCCCUGUGCCUCUGCACGGUUCUUAAAGCCAACGUCCUCGGCAUCAAUCUCAACAUCCCCAUCGACCUCACCUUGCUCGUCAACUACUGUGGCAAGAACGUCCCUCCUGGUUUCCAGUGCCCUUAAAAAGAGCUUAAUUGAUUUAUUAUGUUUAAUGAUCAUUGGUUUGUUUACUUCUUUUUCUUCUUUUUUUUUUAGAGUAAGUUUGUUUACUUUGUUGUGUUGGUGCUUCGGUGCAAAUGGUAAUUCGUUCGUACGUACGCAAGUUGUUAAUUAGCUCAUGCUGAUGUCCUGUUCUCUUGUGUGUCUGUGUGCGUGUGUGUGUUGGUAAAGUUUAUGAAGGUUCUUAAUUUAGAAACUUUGUUAAGUAGUGUCUGGGAUUUUAUUCUGCAAAGGAUUCUCACUGUGAUCAGCGGGACAGAUUCCUCAAUUUGUACGUAUAUUGUAAUUUUUGUAAUUUAUUGUUGCAUUUGUUUCCA